UAGAAUAAUGAAAUAAAAAUUGAAAAUUACUCUUGAAUUAUUGGGAAAUUGUCCCUGAGUCAUCGGAGAAUUAAUCUCUUAUCAGAACAUGAUUAGUGGAGAAUUAGCCCUUGGGGUAAAUUCUAUAUAUUGAUUGAAGAUGAAUGUUAUAUAAAAUUUUAAAGGUCAAAUUAAAUAAGAUAAAAAAGUGAGGUGUUAUGAAUGGAAUUUGGGGGAGUAGAUGAAGAGAAAUGGAGAGGACAAAGUUGAAAAGGAAAGGAGAAUUUAAGAAAAAUGGAAAAAAAGUAGAGUUUGAUAUAAAAGUGAAAUGAUAUGAGAAGAAUUAUAGAAAAUGUGGAAAGGAAAUGUAUAUAAUUUCUAAAAAUGACAAUGAACCAGUAUCGGAUUAUAGUAUAGCCCUUAAUGGAAUAAGCUAUUUAGUUAUUACAUAUGUUUUCAGCAUUUUUUGGGAAAUAUAUCAGGAAUAUAUUAUCACAAAAAUUCUGAACAGUUUCAACAACGUACUUUCUAACAUGAUGGUAAUAAAACUUUUUCUAAGUAUGAAUUUAGAUAAUUAUUUCUAAAUUAAAAAAUAUGUUUCGAAUGAAAAUGAAUCUUAAAUUUUUUUGAAACUUUUUUUGAUUAAGCUAUUUUUCUUACGAAACCAAAUAAUUCAUGAAUUUCUAAAACAUAUAUACAUUUCUAUAUAUCUGGAUCAUUAUAUUUUAUAUAAUGCUACGAUUUUUCUUU